UCAGCGCAAGACGAUAGCAACAUGUUGAGAUUGGUAAUGUAAGCGAAAGCAUCGAUUCGUCUCCGUGCAAGUUUCUUGUUGCAGUGUCUCGUUGUUAAAGCAAAAGCGUUUUCAAAGAAAUGGAUCCAACUUCGUCCAUGAAAUCUUUGUUACUGGCUAUCACCCAGUAUAAAAAUGCAAAAACUGAAAAUAAUGUUUUGCAACUACAAAGACAAUUAGAUGUAAUCUGUGGAACAAAAGCAGUCAUGAUAUUUGCAACAAAUCAAAGUUUACCAAGUGAAUGUCUGAAUAGCCUUGUGGAACUUGUUGGUGAUCCUAAUGUAAAAGUGACUCUGAGUGUAAAGAUUAUUGGAUUGCUGACACAGUUGGCAUCAGACAGUGAAAGCAGAGAGGUUUUGCACGCAUACAAUCUUAUCAGUGCACUUGCAGCCGUAGUUCAACAUUACAGUACGACUCCAAAUGAGCAGGUUGUACUGCAGAGCCUACAGCUUCUACAGAAAAUGACUUACAAUACCAGAGUUUUUCAUUGUAGUGCAAAUAUUGAUAUACUGAUUGCGUUUCUGAUGAAACAAAUCCAAGCCCCAGAAGAUCAGCUAACUAUACCAUGUCUUGGACUGAUGGCAAACCUGUGUCGUCACAACCGGUCUGUUCAAGCCCAUGUAAAAUCUUUGAACCACUUAAAAGGAUUUUAUCGGUCUCUUAUUAAAUUCUUAGCUCAUAGUAGUUUGACGGUGGUGGUUUUUGCACUUUCUGUAUUGGCAAGCCUAACCCUCAAUGAAGAAGUCGGAGAAAAGCUGUUUCAUGCCAAGAAUAUCCACCAAACAUUUCAGCUUAUAUUUAAUAUUCUGGUGAAUGGAGAUGGAACGUUAACUAGAAAGUAUACUGUAGAUCUUUUGAUGGAUCUCCUCAAGAAUCCCAAGAUUGCAGAUUUCCUCCAAAGGUAUGAGCAUUUUAAAUCAUGCUUGUGUCAAGUACUAGGUCUUUUGCGUGGUAAGGAUUCUGAUUCAGCAGCCAAGAUUCUUGAAUUGCUACUUGCCUUCUGUUCAGUGAGCAGCCUUAAGCGAAUAUUGUGUCAUGCAAUGUUUGAAACCUCUUCUGAGCAAAGAAUUACAGUAGCAAGCCUCACAUCACACGUUAAACCAUCCGAACCAAUUGUUACUCUUAUCCAUUGGUCAAGUCAACCACUAGAGAACGUGGAGAGAUGUUCAUCGCUGGCUCUAGUUCUACUGAAGGAGCUAUUUGAGGAAAUGAUGGAUUGCACGCUUUGGACUACAGUUGCACCAUUUAUGGAGCUGCUUUUCCCUGUUAUCAUGGAGCAAUUACAGACUCCGAAUCAUGCUCCGGAGGACGCAUUAACAAAAAAAUAUUAUGAUAGAAUUGCAAAAAUUCUUGACAUUCUCGUAGUGCUGUGUGGAGAUGAUACAGUGAAGUUGCAGGUUGCGAAGGUACUCACAGCCAGAAACUCUGUUGCAAUUCUGGAAUACCAAUUCACGUACAAUAGAAUGGAAAUUGGUUGCAGGAGCAAUAUUGCAGAUGUGGAGCUAUGUAAAAUAGGUGCAGAUGUUGUCUUGAAGACUCUUAGCCUUAUGAACAAACUCAAGCAGUUGGUACCAAACAUGGAAGCCAGUUUUUAUAAGAUUUUGCAGGAUCAACGACUUACUUCAUUUUUAUCGUUUGCUUUGACAUCCGAAAAUAGAGAGCAAGUACAGUUUGCAUUAAAGAUCCUGUUUGAGGCAGCACCUUUGCCUGAUUUUCCUGCUAUAAUGCUUGGCGAAAGCAUUGCUGCCAAUAAUGUAUAUAAACAACAAAGCGCUGACCGUGUAAUGAAAAAAGUUCCAGUCCAUCAGCAUUCAACAAGCAUCGUCAAAUCAAAAUGUUCAAGUACAACCAAUGUUGCCAGAUCUAAUAUCCAUGAGUUGAUUGAUAAAUUGCAAUUAGGAGUGGAGGUGAAGGAACAAGUCAAGGAUGUGAGACUGUCUGAUGUAAUGGAUGUGUAUGAACAGAAGCUUUCAUCUCUUGCUUCCAAAGAAAACCGUUUACAGGACUUACUGGAAGCCAAGGCACUGGCCCUAGCACAAGCGGAUCGUUUGAUUGCCCAGUACCGUUGUCAGAGAGCCCAUGCAGAAGCAGAGGCACGACAGUUGGCUUCACUUCUAAUGGAUGCAGAGAGAAAAAAUGAAGAACUUGAUGGAGUACUGAAGACCCAACUAUUGGAAUCUGACCGUGCCAAGGCUGAUAUUCAAGAGCUUUAUCAGCAUAAUUGUAAACUACAGGCUAUUUCUGAAGAGCAUGAGUCCUUAAAAGUUACCUCAAAAAGUCUUGCUCAAAACCUUGAGACAGUCAAAAGGGAACUUGAAGAACUACAGACUGAACGUAAUACCUUAAGUAAACAAAGUGAGCUGCUCAAAAGGCAGGUUGACACCCUUAAACAACAGAAUGAUAGAUGCCUUGCUCAGUUGUCAGAGAUGGAAGCACAGAAAAAUGAUUUGUGCGUUCAGUUAAAGGAAAAGGACACUAAAAUAUUGGGUUUAGAACAAAAGCUCCAGGCACAACAAGAAAAAACAAAGCUAUCAGAGAAGGACAAAGAGAACCUAGAAGAAGCUGUUGACGUUCUCCAAAAGGAGCUUAGCAAAACGGAAAUAGCCAGGAAAGAGCUCAGUAUUAAGUUGUCAUCCUUAGAAGUGCAGAAAUCCCAAGUAGAAGCACAAUUGCAGCAAAAAGAAGCCCUUGUCCAAGCCCAACAGGAUGAACUCAACAAGCACUCUCAAAUGAUAGCAAUGAUUCACAGUCUGAGUAGUAGCAAACUACAAUCAAAUACAGUAAAUCUCAGUCUGUAACCACGUUUGUGAUUUUUAAUUUUUAGAGAAAUGGGUAAUGAUACCAAUGUUUGCUUGUAGUCUUUGUAUCUGAUGCAUUAAAUAUUCACCCUAAGGGAUUAAAACUGUAAAUUACUUGUAAGAAAGAAUUUGUAACCAUUAGUAUUUAAGAAGGGUUUGUUUCAGAUUUGAAUGUUUGAAGAUGCUAUUUUUUUGAAUUGUACUGUUUUAAGCACAAUUGCUAACAAGGACUUAGCAAACUAGGAAAUUCUAAUCUUUAAAUGUGAUGUGAUGAUUCCAAGCUAUAUUUUUGGUUGAUUGCAUUGUCAGUCUCAACAUAUUACAUCCUCUGGCCAUAAUCUGACUAACUUGUGUAGGUGGUUUGGGCCAAAACAUGUGUUAUUUGGCCAGUACUGUUUCUUUUGAGUAGAUAUGACUUCAGAGUUGGAAAUUAGCUGUUUCAUAUUUGAGCAAUUUUGUGCCCCGCUGAAAUGCAGUACAAGAAUUCUUCAGCUAUAUUAGAAUCAGACUUGAUUUUGUUUUCAGUGUACUGUCCUAGAUUCUGAUGCCAAAUGCAUCAUUGCUAUGUCAUUCCAGAAGGAAUCCAUUUUAUCUUAAUUGUUAAAAAUAUCUUAAUCGUGCUAUUUAGCAGUUUAAGCAAGAUGAAAAUGAAUGGAGAUUUUAUAUGCAUUUCAAUGUUUUUAGAAAUGUCCCUGAUCAAAUUGGGAAAGCACUGCUUUGAAUGUAAGAAAAAUCAAUGUGCUGAAUUUGUAUUUAAAAUAACCAACAUUAUUCUACUGAAAAUACAAAGAAACAGUUGGAGUUGAACAUUCCUAUCAUUUGUUUAAUUCCUGUUCACCUUUGUAAUGAAUUUUGCUACUGUCAUGAGCCUGUCAUUUUUAGACGUACUGUUUCAUUUUCAAUUGGUUAUGUACAGCCAUAAAUUGUUAUAUCUUUAUUUUUCUUCCUUCUACCCAUAGAGAAAAUAACAUUUUAAAA